CAAUAGCAACCCUGUUAGUGGUGCAGGACCCGGUAGAGCUUAACCUCAUUGGGCAGGACUAGGGGCAGUUUACUAUUUUUUGUCCACUCAGUCAAGGUGCAUCGUCGUGUAAAUACUGAUCCAAGAACAGGCAUUUGUAUGCGUUUAUCGACUUACGGUUUACGUUGUGUAUAUGUUCAGGGCAAACACUUCCGCAUAUAUAUUUUGACCAACUAGCUUACCAUCAUGUCUUUAAGUCUAAUAUUAUACCAGACUUUAAAAUGUCGAUUGUUAAAUUGUAUGAUUUCGAAACAACAUGUGAGCACUAGCACACUAUGCAGCUUUAGACGCGCUUUACCAGUGAGAACUGCGUCUUUACACACCGGUCUCGAACCACGGACAGACCACCGACUGGCAAAACUACGAUGGACUUCUACGUGCAAGACGUCACGGUUGCUGUCUUUACACGACUCAAGAUCAUUCUCGUCUUUACCUCCCCCUUCUGGUGAUAAAAAGAAAGGGCCAGUGACCUGGAAAUCAUUAGCAAUAACAUUUGCGUUUGGGGGUGUGUUCCUCGCGGGAAUGAAAUAUUUCAAGAAGGAAAAAGAAGAAUUGAUUGAAAGAGAGAGGACUAAGUCAAUAGGGAAAGCAGCCCUUGGAGGUCCGUUCUGUCUUGUAGAUCAGAACAAUAAACCCUGCAAAAGUGAGGAUUUCUUGGGCCAGUGGGUCCUGAUCUACUUUGGUUUUACGCACUGCCCUGACAUCUGUCCUGAUGAAAUCGAGAAAAUGAUUGAGGUGGUGAAUGAAAUAGACAGCAUAAAGUCUCUUCCAAACCUGACCCCUAUCCUCAUCACCAUUGAUCCUGACAGGGAUACGCCAGAAGCCAUGGGGGCAUAUGUGAAAGAGUUCUCCCCUAAGCUCAUUGGUCUGACGGGGACAACGUCCCAAAUUGACCAGGUCUCUCGAGCCUACAGAGUGUACUUCAGCCAGGGACCCAAGGAUGAAGACAACGACUACAUUGUUGAUCACACAAUCAUCAUGUACCUGGUAGGUCCGGACGGACAAUUUAAGGAGUAUUUUGGGCAGAACAAGAAGAGUGCUGAGAUCUCCUCUUCUAUUGCCUCGCUUAUGAGGAAGUACAAGAAGGCCAACUAAUGGAUGAAGGAGAACUGAUCAUGUGUACUGCCUGUGAGCACCUAUUGUGUGCCUUCGUCAUAUUCUUCAAAGACUGUCAGCAGCGUCUGGCCGGACUGAAUGCUGCCAUGUUAUAUCACUGACUUUGAAUAUUUAUUUGGAAUUCAGCGUGCAUUUAAUUCAGAGUUCUAUGAUUUAACAUUCCCUUUUCGCUGACACUAUCAUAUUUGACUAGUACGAUUUUUAAGUGUUGUGUUUGUGUAAACGAGCGUAGGCAAGAUGCCUAAGUGAUCAGGCUAUAGGGCCGUUAACCAAAAGGUUUCCUAUUUUUGCCUUGUGCGUUGUUUUGUAAUAACAUCUCUGCUUUACUUUUGUUUACACCAGGGUGACCCAUCCCUGUUUUCUCUCCAGCUGUAAUUGACUGAUAUAGUACGAUUCAUAAUCCCCCAUAAAACCUUGCGGCACAACUGGAACAAGCGUCUCUUUCGGUUCUUUCCAUUCAUAUUUUCCGUAUGGUUUUUAGAUCCCCUUCAAAUAUGGUUCUUCAAUAGGUUGAUUGCGAUCUACGGUUUUCUUUUAUUAAUUAUUGUUUAAUGCGUUUUACUGCAAACGUAACAAAUCUCAAGUGUCAGACACUGCAGCCUCCCAGCAACUCACCAAUGCAAAACGGAAAAAACAGCACCCCUUUCUAGACAUUGUUGGCUUGUAAAGUGAAACUUAACACAUUAUAUGACAAUUUUGGAACUGUGUGUGUGAGUUUGGUCAUUCAUUUUCUGAUAAUGAUGUCUUGUGGGUUUUCUCAGAUUUUUUUUUUAACUGCAAAGUAGACUGCAGAGGUAUGUCAAAUUCAAAAACAUGCAAAAAUAUAAGACAUUUUUUUCAGGGAACAUUUCAAUUGAGAAUCUAAAUGGUUGAAUAGUAGACCAUUUAGAAAUCAAAACACUACAUUGUCCCCCUGGGAACCAGAAGUUCUGGAAAAAAAUUGUCCAGAAUUAAAUCAGAAACAUAGCCAAAACCUUAGGCUUACUGAAAUAAUGGUUAUAUAUAUAUUUAUAUUUAUAAUGUUGCCCUGUAGAAUUGAUGAUACACCCACUGUCUGUCUCUGUAGGUGCACUGGGCCUAGCCUUUUGCCUUUUCAUCGACCCUCUAAUCCCAGCAGAUGCACCCAGAACCUAUUCCAACAAUAGGCAGGCAUCUCUGCCUCUGAACCAGCUGACCUGGAUUGUCUCCUUACUUUUCUCCUUUGUACUCGGAAAAAAAAUUCCCACAGCCUGUCCUGCUUUGUCCUUGACCGUCUUCGAUGCAGUGUGCGUACAUAAUAAACUAAAACGUGUCUGAA